AUGUGGUGGGUCCUGCUGCCCCUGCCGCUGCUGCUGCCCACUGCGCUGCACCUCUGCUGGGCAGGGCCUCCCCAGGAGAGGGGCCCGCUUUUCCGGCUGACUCGGCAGGACUCUCGGGAAAGCGGGACCGCCAACGCCACGGUCUCGCCCUGCGAGGGGCUGCCCGCCGCGGGAGCGUCGACCUUGACCCUGGCGAACCGCAGCCUGGAGCGCCUGCCCAACUGCCUGCCGCCCGCGCUGCGCAGCCUAGACGCCAGCCACAACCUGCUGCGCGCCCUGAGCGCGGCAGAGCUCGGCGCCCUGCCGCGGCUGCAGGCGCUGACGCUGCGCCACAACCGCAUCGCCGCGCUGCGCUGGGGCCCCGGCGGGCCGGCGGCGCUGCACACGCUGGACCUCAGCUACAACCGGCUGGCCACGCUGCCGCCGUGCGCCGGGCCCGCGCUGCCCGGCCUCCGCUCGCUAGCGCUCGCCGGAAACCCGCUGCAGGCGCUGCAGCCCGAGGCCUUCGCCUGCCUCCCGGCGCUGCGCCUCCUCAACCUCUCCGGCACCGCGCUGGGCCGCGACCCGGGGGCGGGUAUCGCCGACGGGGCCUUCGCUGGAGCGGGCGGCGCGCUCGAGGUCCUGGACCUCAGCGGCACGUUCCUGGAGCGCGUUCGGUCAGGGUGGAUCAGAGACCUGCCGAAGCUCACAUCUCUCCAUCUGAGGAAGAUGCCCAGGCUGCGGAUCCUGGAGGCGGCUGUUUUCAAGAUGACCCCCAACCUGCAGCAGCUGGAUUGUCAAGACUCGUCCGCCCUGACUUCUGUCCACACACAGCUCUUCCAAGACACUCCUCGCCUACAGGUCCUUCUAUUCCAGAACUGCAACUUGAGUUCUUUCCCUCCGUGGAGCCUGCAUUCCUCCCAAGUCCUGUCCAUCAGCCUCUUUGGCAACCCCCUCAUUUGCAGCUGUGAAUUGUCCUGGCUCCUCAGGGAUGCAAAGAGGACUGUCCUAAGCAGGGCAGCAGACACUGUGUGUGUACCGGCUUCAGGAUCCCGAGACACCUUCUCAGCCCCUCUUUCGCUGUCCCAGCUGCCCACUGUGUGCCAUCUAGACCAAAGCACCACCCUCAAUUCCAGCUCGCCCCAGGCUGUUCCCUUCACCCACCAACCAUCUACGCAGGGUCUCACCACCCCAUGGAGCACAGCCCCCUCCACUCGACCUGUGGAAGCUGGACAGAGUGUCACCAAGCCCCCCUCCUUCCCCGCGGAUUCCGCCACACAAAGUGCAUGGUCCCACAGUGGCAUCAAGGUGGGGACCGUCGGCUCCACGGCCAUCCCCACAGCAGAUUCUAGCACCUCCAGCGCUCUGCGCAGGGCUGCAAGCACAGCUGGGGCAGAGCACCAAGAGCACGCUGACAUGCUGGUCCAUGCGCCUCACGUGUCAGCUGCUUCCACCCCCUCGGCCGGCAAACACCCUGGGCUCUUCUCUACCCCCUGGAGCCGGGUGCAGACGCCCCAGCCUGACUACAGGGCACAGGCCACCCUGCAGGCGCCUCACCCGAGUCCUUCUGAGGGCGCGAUUCCAGUCUUGCUGUUGGACGACUCCAGUGAGGAGGAGGAGGAGGGGCAGAAGGAGGAGGUGGGAGCGCCUCCCCAGGAUGUCCCCUGUGAUUACCACCCCUGCAAGCACCUGCAGACCCCGUGCGCGGACCUGCAAAGACGCUUGCGGUGUCGAUGCCCCGGGCUCAGCGGGGAGGACACCCUCCCGGACCCCCCCAGGCUGCAGGCAGUGACCGAGACCACCGACACGUCGGCCCUCGUGCACUGGUGCGCCCCCAACUCGGUGGUGCACGGCUACCAAAUCCACUACUCUCCUGAGGGCUGGGCGGAAAACCAGUCGGUGACAGUGGUGGCGGACAUCUAUGCCACCGCCCGGCAGCACCCCCUGUAUGGGCUCUCACCGGGCACCAUGUACCGCGUGUGCGUCCUGGCCGCCAACCGCGCGGGCCUGAGCCAGCCUGUCCAGGCCUCGGGCUGGACGCGGGCGUGCGCCGCCUUCACCACCAAGCCCAGCUUUGUGCUGGUCUUCGCAGGGCUGUGCGCUGCCUGCGGCCUCCUGCUCGUCACCACCCUGCUGCUGGCCGCAUGUCUGUGCCACCGCAGCAGAAGGGCACGCCCGCAGCGCUACGACACGCACCUGGUGGCCUACAAAAACCCAGCCUUCGACUACCCGCUGAAGCUCCAGACGCUCAGUUAGCUCUGCACCCCCUCCUCCACCAGAGCUUAAGAACUAGCCGCCCGUGUUUAGAAAAGAAGAGACAGAGGGUCAAAGAGGACCCUGUCAGCUCAGAAUGCCUCUGUGAAUUUCUGUGAAGCCAGCACUCUUGCAGCACAAAGGGAACUUGCCAUGCAGUUUCUCUGUCCGGGGAACCACUGCUUUCCCUGCUGCCUUCUCUGUGCCCGGAAAUGUGACAAUUCACACCAGACCACUCCCGUUGCCACAGCACAGCCUUGUGUGUUAUUUGUGUUUUUCAGCAGUCAGUGCCCCUUCGUGUCCAGUCGAAUAGAUUGGGUGUGUAAGUAGGAAGAGAUAAAACAGUUCACACAAUUCAGUCUCUUUUGCCAUUCUGGAAGUGACAUCCUCAAGUCAUUUCAGGGACGUUCCCUCUGGUCAAGCUUCUGGCUAAAGCAGGUUGUAUUCAAGGAAUCAACUCCUGUGGAUUCUUAAUCUGAGAACUGGGGUAAGGGAGAACUACUGGUUAUGUUUCCUGAGGCUGCCUGGGGUUUAUUGCGUCUCUUGGCAAAAAAAUGUGCUUUUAGCUUUGUAGUUAAAACUGCAGUCUUCUGGGAACCUCUGUGAAACACAAGGACAAGCUGUCCUUUUUAAAGUCAUUGUCUACUGGACUUCUCCAUAGUGUAAGUGGUCAAAGAAACUAUGAACUCCUUUUCUUAAGAAAGAGCAAUAGGAUCACUUCCAGUGAUGAAGUGAAGAGAUGAACAAAAAAGAACGUCAAGGCUCUAGCUAGAAGCCAAAGCAUUUGCUCUCCAUUGCAUCAAACAGUGCCUUCAUGAUUUGUAUCUGAGUGUGGGCAACGCCUUUCAACACCCCUCUUCACUUGUAUACCAAUGUUAAAAAACCGUUUUUUAUAAAAUUACAAUGUGUGUCAUUACUUCUAGAUUUUAAUUUUCUAAGUAUUUAUUUCACUUUUCUGUGACUACUGGAACAAUUACCACAAAUUAGGUGGGUUAAAACAACAGAAAUCUGUUCUUAGGGUUCAGGCCAGAAAACCACAACCAAGGUUAUCAGCAGGAGUGGUUUCUUCUGGAGACUCAGAACUGUUCCAUGCCUGUUCUGGUUGCUAGCUGUCCUGGGUGCUCCUUGGUUUGCAAAUAAAUCCAAUUGAUGCCUUCAUUAUCUUAUGGCAUUCUCUGCGUCCAAAUUUCCCUCUUUAAGAAAAUAUUUCUCCCCCCAUCUUUACAGAGAUAUAACUGACAUAUAACUUUGUGUAAGUUCAUGGUGUGCAACCCGAUUUGAUACACGUAUAUAUU